CACUUUAGGUGGCGCAAGCUACCGCCUAUUGCGAAUUGUACCACUUAUUUUGUUUGUCCAUUCGCCGCACUCACUCUUUUGGCUUGGCUUUUAGCUAUGGCUUCGUCUUCGCUUCUCGCAGUUUUCCGCCUCCGGCUUUUCCGUGUUUGCCAGUGUUUCCUCUGCGCGAUUUGCGCGCCUUUUCUACGUUUGUACGGCUUCGGCCACUGCAUCUUUCGUCGAUUCCGUCGUUUUCAUGGUGAUAUACAGCGUGUAUAUUCCAUCUCGUUUGCGCAAGAUUUAUACUGGUUCUUCGUUAUGGCAGAAGCAAUGGACGUAGACUCUGAAGUGACUCAAAAGCGUAAGGAUUGCGUACCCUGGGUCGAAAAGUACCGUCCGGCCAAAUUCAACGAGAUCGUGGGCAACGAAGAGACCAUUGCCCGACUCGAAGUGUUUUCCCGCGAGGGCAACGUCCCGAACGUCAUCCUUUCGGGCCCUCCCGGAGUGGGCAAAACCACCACCAUCCUGUGCCUGUCGAGGAUACUUCUCGGCCCUUCGUUCCGCGACGCCGUCCUGGAACUCAACGCCUCGAACGACAGAGGCAUCGACGUCGUUCGCAACAAAAUCAAGAUGUUCGCUCAGAAAAAGGUGACUCUUCCACCAGGCAAACACAAGGUCAUCAUCCUCGACGAAGCGGACAGCAUGACAGAAGGAGCCCAACAGGCUCUGCGCCGUACCAUGGAAAUCUACUCAAAGACGACGAGGUUCGCCCUGGCCUGCAACACGUCCGAUAAAAUCAUCGAACCAAUCCAGUCCCGGUGCGCCGUUGUCAGAUUCAGCCGGCUGUCCGACGCGCAGGUGCUGGCCAAGCUUCUGGACAUCUGCAAGCAAGAGGACGUUAGUUACGCUGAGGACGGCCUCGAAGCGCUCGUCUUCACGGCACAGGGGGACAUGCGCCAAGCCAUCAACAAUCUCCAGUCGACCUUCGUCGGCUUCAGCCACGUGAACAGCGAGAACGUGUUCAAGGUAUGCGACGAACCGCACCCCUUGCUCAUCAAGGACAUGCUGCAGCACUGCGUAGAGGGCGAACUGGACGAGGCGUACAAGAUUAUGCUGCAUCUUUGGAAGCUCGGUUACGCCGCGGAAGACAUCAUCAGCAACGUGUUCCGCGUCUGCAAGAGCCACACGAUGCCCGAAUACCUCAAGCUAGAGUUCAUCAAGGAGAUUGGGUACACUCAGAUGAGGACGCUGCAGGGCGUUCAGUCCCUGCUUCAAAUGGCAGGCCUCUUGUCCAGGCUCUGCAUGAAGACGAAAGUUAUCAAGACCUGAUUGCCUGUGAAUUGUGCUUGGACAUUUUUAUUUUUGUUCGCGAGCCUGAUACCUACACAGGCCCAGGCACAAAACCCUGGUGAGUGCCUCCAGUAAAAAGGUGCAUUGUAAGCGAA